UCACCAUUCCCUCUCUGGAUCAUUGCACGGUGUCUGAUAAAGCGGCAAGAAGCACCCUCGACAUUCAUUUAUGGUCAGAGCCAAACUGACCUACGAAGAGAUCAGCACGGAUGAUGUGUUUUGCGCUACAGCUACUCAAUGAAAGACGAGACGCACAAAAGGAGAGAUGGGCACCUUUUCUGGACAUCCACUUACGCGGUCAAGGGGGAAAGGUCCGUUCGCCCUGCUGAUAGUAUCUGCGGUGUAUGUGAUUCUGACCCAAUUUUGCGAGGCUUUUAAUCUGGACACAGAGAAGUGCGUCGUUUUUACCGGACCACCGGGGAGUUAUUUUGGCUAUUCCGUGGAGUUCUUCAGCAAUAACUCAUCCAGUGCGAGCAUUCUGAUCGGGGCUCCAAAGGCCAACACCAGCCAGCCCGAAAUUACUGAAGGAGGAGCUGUCUUCCUGUGCCCCUGGAACCAAACCAACUGCAGCACGAUCAACUUUGACAAGCAAGGUGAUCAGAAUUUUUAUAUAAAUGAUGUGAACACUCAAGUUGAGUUCAAGUCCCAUCAGUGGUUUGGAGCCACUGUACGUUCCCAAGGCAACAAUAUUCUGGCUUGCGCUCCCCGGUAUUAUUGGAGGACGGAACACGAGACACCCUUCGCUGAUAUGACAGGAACUUGUUACCUCUCUGUGGACAGCCUCAAAUCAUUUGUGGAGUAUGCCCCCUGUCGAACAGAACGUCAUGGACCUGCCGGACAGGGCUAUUGUCAAGGAGGAUUUAGUGCUGACUUCACCAAGGACGGAAGGGUCGUUCUUGGUGGACCAGGCAGCUUUUACUGGCAAGGUCAGCUGAUAUCAGCCACGCCAGACGAGAUUGUUAAGGCCUACUACCCUUCAUAUUUUUUAUUGUCGGUUGCUGGGCAGAUUCAAACUGGACAGGUGCAGGGGACCUACGAUGAUAGUUACUUGGGUUAUUCCGUGGCUGGUGGUGAGUUCAGUGGGGAUGCCGAGGAAGAUUUCAUCACAGGGGUUCCGAAAGGACUCAUGCUGUAUGGUUUAGUGUCCAUCUUCAACGGAAGUGAUCUGAAAUCGCUGCUCAACGUGACAGGAGAGCAAAUGGGCUCCUACUUUGGCUAUGCAGUGGCAGCCACCGAUAUCAACAAUGACGGACUAGAUGACCUCGUGGUGGGCGCUCCAAUGUUCAUGCGUCGAGGGUCCAACGGGCGGCUGGAGGAGCUUGGCAAAGUUUACGUCUACCUGCAGAAGGGACCUUUGCAGCUGGAGCCCAGCCUGCACCAUCUACUCGGCCAGCAGCCGUUCGGUCGCUUUGGCACUUCAUUGGCGCCUUUGGGUGACCUCAACCAGGAUGGAUUUAAUGAUGUGGCCAUCGGCUGUCCUUACGGAGGAGAAGACCAACAGGGACUGGUUCUUAUUUACAACGGUUACCCAAAGGGAUUGAAGAACACGCCCACUCAGACUCUCUCCGGCACCUGGGCUUCCAGUUCCUUCCCUGCCAACUUUGGUUUUGCGCUACGAGGAAACACGGAUCUGGAUCUGAAUGGCUACCCCGACCUUAUCGUUGGAGCUUUUGGGGCUGACAAAUCUGUGGUGUACAGGUCUCGCCCAAUAGUGAGUGCGAGCGCAUCUCUCACGGUGCAGCCCACAAUGUUCAACCAAGAAGAGGAGCUUUGUGAGCUUACCACAAGAAGUGGAACUUCUUCCGUGUCUUGUGUCAGCGUCAGUUUCUGCAUGCUGGCUGAUGGGAAGCACCUCCCAUCGCAUCUAGGCUUCCUGGUGGAAAUUCAAUUGGACAGUAUGAAGCAGGACCAGAAGGAAUCUGUCAGGAGGACUCUGUUUCUGGAUAGUCAGCAGCCUACUUUGGUGAAGACUUUCAAUCUCACCAAGGGGAAUCGCAUGUGCCAUGACACCAGGAUCUAUCUACGGGCAGAAGAAGAAUUUCGGGAUAAACUCUCCCCCAUUUUCAUCAGCCUGUCCUUUAGCCUGGAUCCACAAGCCCCACUUGACCAAUAUGGCCUCAGACCUAUCUUGAAUGAUGACACCGAACAACGAAUAGAGCAGAAGGCCCAGAUCCAACUGGAUUGUGGAGACGACAACAUCUGCGUCCCUGACCUGAAGUUGGCUGUUUAUGGCGACAGAAAAGAAGUUUACCUGGGUGACGAGAACUCCCUGAGUCUCACCUUCAAUGCCAGAAACGAGGGAGAAGGCGGAGCGUACGAGGCGGAGCUCUACGUCCGGCUUCCCAAAGAGGCCGACUACAGUGGGAUAACGCGCAACAACGUGAGUCUAACUCAGCUAACAUGCAGCUAUGAGACUGAAAAUGAAACCCGCUUCCUCAAAUGCGAUCUGGGAAACCCCAUGAAAGCUGGCACUAGUUUUUGGGCAGGUCUCCGUUUCACUGUUCCCAGACUCACAGACACUCAGAACACUGUACAAUUUGAGCUCCAAUUAAAAAGUAAAAAUGCAAACAACUCAGAGAGUGAAGUCGUUGUGUUGGAGUUGGAGGUAGCUGCGCUGGCUCAUGUCAUUCUGCAGGGAGUUUCCCGGCCAGACAAAAUCUUCCUCCCACUCCCCAAUUGGAGCGUCAGUCAGAGUCUGACAGACGAGCAGGACGUCGGCCCUGAGCUUCAACAGGUCUAUGAGUUGGUCAACAACGGCCCCGGUGUUGUCAGUCAAUCCACAUUGGAGGUGAGAUGUCCUCUGAGGUCUCACAGUCACGACCUGCUCUACCCUGUCAAGGUGCUCACCGAGGGGCCACUCAGCUGCUCCUCAAAACACGCCCUGAAUGCACUCAAACUCAAGCUUCAGUCUCCAUCUUCAAGUAGUCCCUCAUCUCUGGAAUCCAGCAUGGAGCAUCAAAUCCAGAAGAGAGAGGUCAAAGGUCCCAUGCCUGGACAAGGAAACUUGACAUGCUCGACUGUGGAGUGCUGGCGGCUCGAGUGUCACAUUGGGCGGCUGGAGAGAGGAGCUAGCGUUAUCUUGAGAGUUCACUCCAGACUUUGGGUGGAGACUUUCCUCGAGAGGGCCCACAAGCAGUUUCUUUUGGAGUGUUCGGUACAGUUCACCGUCGAUAAGAUGCCCUAUUCCAUUGCUCCAAAAUCCAAACAGUCGGGAUCUAAAAAGGUGGUGACGUCCGUGCUGUGGAACAAAGCGGACGGCCUGUUCUACGUUCCCGUGUGGAUCAUCAUCCUCGCUGUUCUAGCUGGCCUGCUUCUACUCUCACUGCUCAUAUAUCUGCUGUACAAGAUGGGCUUCUUCAAAAGGUCCGAUCCGUACGGCACCACCAUGGAGAAGGCCCAGCUCAGACCGCAAGCAUCAUCAGAAGCCUAAAUCUGAGACAACGCAACUAAAAUAUGGAAUAUUAUCACAAUGCUAAAUUAUUAAUGAGACGUUCUAAUGAUGAGCAGGAAAUGUUGGCGGACAUCGAAAGGUGUUGGAUCACUGGACUGUGCACUAAAAUAUGAAUCACCGAGAUGAGGAGGGCCUGCGGUUCAUGGUGCGUUGCUGUGGAACUUUUUUUUUUUUUAGAUCAUAGUGUUUCAAGGCUAUAUGUUGGUUAAACUCUUUGGUAUGGCUGUUAACAAUUUGUGUCCCAGUGCAGAGGUUCGAGGUACUUCAGCUCCCUCUAUAGAUCGAUAGAUGGAGGUUGUAUAUAUAUCAGAGUCUUCAAAAUCAAACUGCACUCAAGUACCGAAUGAGCUUAGAAAAACAAUUCUUACAUAAAUAUUUAACUUGCAUUAAUAAUUUUGUCAAUCCGGCUACUGUAAAUGUCUGAUACAAGAGUUUUGUUUUUUUUUGCUCACCAAAUGAUACACACUGGUCCUUUAAAGGUCAUUUUCAGUCCAGGAAACAAACAAAAGCAGCGAAUGCUCGGCUAUUUUUUGUUUCUAGAUCGAUCCGGUCCAGCUUGCAACUGAACUUUCAGUUUGGUAUUUCUUGAUGUCACUGCCGUUACUUUUCAUAGUAGUCAUACUGUUGUUAUUUAUGCCAUGGUGUAAGUCGAUUGUGAAACGUUGUACUGUACCGCCUGCAGGACAAUCCUGAACAAACUGCAAUGUUGAACUUGAAAAUGUUUCUCUCCCAUAUUGGGAGGUGUAUAUUGUAAUGUGUGGUGUUUAUAUCUUGACUCAGAAUAAAGCCUGGUUUUGUUUACCCUUCUUAAUGUAA